CCUUCUUCCCAUCCCAUACGAGGUUUCCAUCCCACCCUUUCACCACUUCGCCGUUUCACCCUUUCACCUUUAAUUUCACAAACACCUUCACUUCAUCCUAUGCAAGCGGUCAUCGAUCAGAUUCCUUUAGCAGACCUUGAAGAUAUCGGAACAAGAGUCGAACCUGUUAAUCCUAAUAUUAAAAAUAUAAUGAUUACCGGAGGUGCUGGUUUCCUUGGUAGUUUCUUGGUUCGAAAACUUGCUGUUCUAUACCCAGAAUUCAAUAUUGUAGUUGUAGAUAAAUUGGAUUAUUGUGGAAGCUUAAAUAAUUUAAAAAUUAUUAAAGGUUUUCCAGGUUAUAAAUUCGUAAAGGGUGAUAUAACCUCAUCAGAUUUCAUGUCUUUUAUAUUGCGAGAAAAAAAAAUUGAUACAAUUAUUCAUCUCGCUGCUCAAACACAUGUGGACAAUUCUUUUGGUGAUUCAUUCGAAUUUACCAAAAAUAAUGUCAUGGGAACUCAUGUUAUGUUAGAAGCUGCUAAAGUUCAUGGAAUUAAGAGGUUUAUUCAUGUUAGUACGGAUGAAGUUUAUGGUGAAGUCGCAAAAACCAGUCCUGAUUGCCAUGAAGAAUCUAUAUUAGCUCCAUCAAAUCCUUAUUCUGCAACAAAAGCGGCUGCUGAAUGUCUUGUAAAAGCUUAUCACAAGUCAUUCGGCCUACCGAUAAUUAUUACAAGAAGUAAUAAUAUUUACGGUCCAUAUCA